AUGACGAGCUCCGUGGCAGCCUAUGAGCAGCUGGUGCGGCAGGUGGAGGCCUUGAAGGCCGAGAACAGUCACCUGCGGCAGGAGCUUCGGGAUAAUUCAAGCCAUCUGUCCAAGCUGGAGACAGAGACGUCGGGAAUGAAGGCGGUCCUGCAGCACUUACAGGGCAAGCUGGAGCAGGAGGCUCGUGUGUUGGUGUCCUCCGGGCAGACUGAGGUGCUGGAACAGCUGAAAGCCCUGCAGAUGGACAUCACCAGCCUGUAUAACCUCAAGUUCCAGCCCCCAGCUCUGGCCCCCGAACCCACUACCCGGACCCCUGAGGGAAGCCCGGUGCACAGCUCUGGGCCCUCCAAGGAGAACUUUGGGGAGCUGAGCCGGGCUACCAUUCGGCUCUUGGAGGAACUGGACAGGGAACGGUGUUUCCUGUUGAAUGAGAUUGAGAAGGAGGAAAAGGAGAAGCUCUGGUAUUACUCGCAGUUGCAGGGGCUAUCUAAGCGCUUGGAUGAACUCCCGCACGUGGAGACGUUCUCAAUGCAGAUGGAUCUGAUCCGGCAACAGCUGGAAUUCGAGGCCCAGCACAUCCGCUCGCUGAUGGAGGAGCGCUUCGGCACCUCGGACGAGAUGGUGCAGCGGGCGCAGAUCCGUGCUUCCCGCCUGGAGCAGAUCGACAAGGAACUGCUGUCCGCCCAGGACCGGGUGCAGCAGACCGAGCCCCAGGCCUUGCUGGCAGUGAAGUCGAUGCCCAUGGACGAGGACGCCGAGAAUGAGGUCCCCACGCACCCUGAGGAUGGUGCCCCUCAGCCAGGCAACAGUAAGGUGGAGGUGGUCUUCUGGCUCCUGUCCAUGCUGGCAACGCGGGACCAGGAGGACACGGCACGGACGCUGCUCGCCAUGUCCAGCUCACCCGAAAGCUGCGUGGCCAUGCGCCGCUCAGGCUGUCUGCCACUGCUGCUGCAGAUCCUGCACGGCACUGAGGCCGGGGUUGGGGGUCACAACGGGACCCCCGGGGCUCCAGGAGCCAAGGACGCACGCAUGCGCGCCAACGCCGCGCUGCACAAUAUUGUCUUCUCUCAGCCCGACCAGGGGCUGGCACGCAAGGAGAUGCGGGUGUUACACGUGCUGGAGCAGAUCCGUGCCUACUGCGAGACCUGCUGGGACUGGCUGCAGGCCCGGGAUGGCGGGCCUGAGGGCGGCGGCACCGGUGCUGCACCGGUGCCCAUCGAGCCACAGAUCUGUCAGGCCACCUGCGCCGUGAUGAAGCUGUCCUUUGACGAGGAAUACCGCCGCGCUAUGAAUGAGCUGGGUGGGCUGCAGGCAGUGGCGGAGUUACUGCAGGUUGACCAUGAGAUGCACAAGAUGACCCGGGACCCUCUCAACCUGGCCCUGCGCCGAUACGCCGGCAUGACCCUCACCAACCUUACCUUCGGGGACGUCGCCAACAAGGCUGCACUGUGCGCCCGCCGGGGCUGCAUGGAGGCCAUUGUGGCCCAGCUGGCAUCUGAGAGUGAGGAGCUGCACCAGGUCGUGUCUAGCAUCCUGCGCAACCUGUCCUGGAGGGCCGACAUCAACAGCAAGAAGGUGCUGAGGGAGGUGGGCAGCAUGACUGCCCUGAUGCAGUGCGUCCUUCGAGCCACCAAGGAGUCCACCCUGAAGAGCGUGCUUAGCGCCCUGUGGAACCUCUCGGCGCACAGCACAGAGAACAAGGCGGCCAUCUGCCAGGUGGAUGGUGCCCUCGGCUUCCUGGUGAGCACACUGACUUACAAGUGCCAGAGCAACUCGCUAGCCAUCAUUGAGAGCGGUGGCGGCAUCCUACGCAAUGUGUCCAGCCUCAUCGCCACCAGAGAGGACUACAGGCAGGUGCUGCGAGACCACAAUUGCCUGCAGACGCUGCUGCAGCAUCUGACGUCGCACAGCCUGACCAUAGUGAGCAAUGCGUGCGGCACGCUCUGGAACCUGUCGGCCCGCAGCCCCCGCGACCAGGAGCUGCUGUGGGACCUGGGCGCCGUGGGCAUGCUGAGGAACCUGGUACACUCCAAGCACAAGAUGAUCGCCAUGGGCAGCGCCGCCGCGCUGCGCAACCUGCUGGCUCACCGGCCUGCCAAGUACCAGCCGGCGGCCACCGCGGUCUCCCCGGGCUCCUGCGCGCCCAGCCUGUAUGUGCGCAAACAGCGCGCACUGGAGGCCGAGCUGGACACACGGCACCUGGCGCAGGCGCUUGACCACCUGGAGAAGCAGGGCCUGCCGGAGGCCGAGGCCGCCUCCAAGAAGCCCCUCCCGCCCCUGCGCCACCUGGACGGCCUGGCCCAGGACUACGCCUCCGACUCGGGCUGUUUUGACGACGACGAUGCGCCCUCCCUGGCUGCUGCUGCCACUGCCGCAGAGCCCGCCAGCCCUGCAGUGCUCUCCCUCUUCCUGGGCAGCCCCUUCCUGCAAGGCCAGGCGCUGGCCCGAGCCCCGCCCACCCGCCGAGGAGGCCUGGAGGUGGAGAAGGAGGCCGGUGGGGAGGCAGCCGUGGCAGCUAGGGCCAAGGCCAAGCUGGCGCUAGCAGUGGCUCGCAUCGACAGGCUGGUAGAGGACAUCUCGGCCCUGCACACUUCAUCUGACGACAGCUUCAGCCUCAGCUCCGGGGACCCUGGCCAGGAGGCUCCGCGAGAAGGCCGUGCCCAAUCCUGCUCACCUUGCAGGGGACCUGAGGGGGGGCGGCGGGAAGUGGGCAGCAGCCGGGCUCACCCACUGCUGCGGCUCAAGGCAGCCCAUGCCAGCCUUUCCAAUGACAGUCUCAACAGUGGUAGCACCAGUGAUGGGCACUGUCCUCGAGAACACUCACGGCCCUGCUCACUGGCUGCUCUGGCCGAGCACCGAGAGGGGCCCCCACGUGGUCAGGUGCGGCCCAGCCGGCUUGACCUCAGCCUGCCCAGCGGCCAGGCUGAGCCUGAGGCCCGGGAUGCCAAGGCCACAGAUGCCCAUGUGCGUACCAUCAAGUUGUCGCCCACCUACCAGCACGUGCCGCUGCUGGAGGGCACCACCAGGGUGGGUGUGGGGUCCCUGGCCCCUGGGGCCCGAAAACAGGCCUGGCUGUCCACAGAGGGCCUGAGCAAUGUGCCUGAGAAGCUAAUGGUCGAGAAGGCACCCCUCUGCCUGUCCCGCUGCAGCUCGCUGUCCUCGCUGUCCUCAGCUGGCCGCCCAGGGCCCAGUGAGGCUGGGGACCUAGACGAGAGCGACUCAUCUCUGGAGGGGCUGGAGGAGUCUGGCCCUGGUGAGGCAGAGCUGGAUGGGGCCUGGCGGGGCCCAGGGACCGCCUCCCUGCCCAUGGCCAUCCCAGCGCCCCAGAGGGGUCGGGGCCUGGGGGUGGAGGAUGCCACGCCGUCCAGCUCCUCUGAGAACUGUGUGCAGGAGACACCGCUGGUGCUGAGCCGCUGCAGCUCAGUCAGUUCACUGGGCAGCUUCGAGAGUCCAUCCAUUGCCAGCUCCAUCCCCAGUGACCCGUGCAGUGGGCUGGGCAGUGGCACAGUCAGCCCCAGUGAGCUGCCUGAUAGCCCCGGGCAAACCAUGCCGCCGAGCCGCAGCAAGACACCGCCACUGGCUCCAGCACCACCGGGCGAGCGGGAGGCCACCCAGUUCAGCCUUCAGUGGGAGAGUUAUGUGAAGCGCUUCCUGGACAUCGCCGACUGCCGGGAGCGCUGCCGGCUGCCCUCUGAGCUGGAUGCAGGCAGCGUGCGUUUCACUGUGGAGAAGCCCGACGAGAACUUUUCAUGUGCCUCCAGCCUCAGCGCAUUGGCCCUGCACGAGCUCUACGUGCAGAAGGACGUGGAGCUGCGGUUACUGCCCCCUGCCUGCCCAGAGCGCGGCAGUGGGGGAGGUGGAGGCCCGGGGCACCGCCGACGGGACGAGGCCAAUGGCUGUCUGGAAGGGCCGGCAUCCACCGAUCAGGAGCUGGAGCUGCUGCGCGAGUGCCUGGGUGGGGCCGUGCCUGCCCGGCUCCGCAAGGUGGCCUCAGCACUGGUGCCUGGCCGCCGUGCGCUGCCCGUGCCGGUCUACAUGCUGGUGCCUGCCCCGGCCCGUGAGGAUGACUCCUGCACUGACUCGGCCGAGGGCACUCCAGUCAACUUCUCCAGCACCGCUUCCCUCAGUGACGAGACCCUGCAGGGACCCCCCAAGGAUGGUAGGCGUUUGGAUGGGCAGAAACCCGCAGGUCAUGCCGUCUCCACUAGGCAGUCUGCUGGGCAGUGGCACAGGGUGGGGGGCAUGGGCCGGAGCACAGAGCAGCCCCAGGGGGCUGGCAGGAGCCGGGCAGGGCUAGAUCUGCCCCUCCGCCGGCCCCCGAGUGCCUGCAGGGAUACUGACAGCUCCCGCCCAGGCCGGGAGCAUGGGGACGGGGCUCUGCAGUCUCUGUGCCUCACAACGCCCACCGAGGAGGCUGUGUACUGUUUCUAUGGCAAUGACUCGGAUGAGGAGCCGGCCACGGCGGUGGCAGCAGCACCCCCACGGCGGGCAUCCGCGAUCCCCCGGGCGGUAAAGAGGGAGCGCCCGGCUGGUGCCAGGAAGGAGGUGCAGGCUGUGCCCAAGGCUGCACCCAAGGCAGCACCACCCACCCGGGCCCAGCCCAGCCUCAUUGCAGAUGAGACACCGCCGUGCUACUCCCUGAGCUCCUCCGCCAGCUCCCUCAGCGAACCUGAGCCCUCCGAGUACGUGGCCAGUCGGGCCCGGGUCCACAAGCCAGGGCUCACCAAGGACCUGGUCCCCGGGGGCAGGAAGGAUGGCUCCCUCAGCCCGCGGGCCGAGGCAGAGCUGCUCCGGCGCUGCAUCGGCUCAGCCUUGCCCAGGCGCCAGCCCCAGGUGUCCGGCCCAAGGCGCCGCCCACCCCGAGAGGCCCAGCCAAAGGAGCGUGCAGCAGAGGGGCCCCGGGAGCGCGCUGAGGAGGCAGCCAGCUCAGACCAUGCCUCAGACCUGGACAGCAUCGAGUGGCGUGCCAUCCAGGAGGGCGCCAAUUCUGUUGCCACAUGGUUGCACCAGGCCGCAGCGGCGGCCGCCCGCGAGGCCUCCUCAGAGUCUGAUUCCGUUCUGUCCUUUGCAACAGGGCAGUCUGUGGGUUCCACCCUGCAGCCCACCCUGCAUAGGAAGGGGUGUCGGCCAAGGGCAGAGCGCCAGGCGAGUGGUGCCCUGCGGCCAGAGAAACCAGAAGGGGCCCUCACCCAGCGCAGCAGUGGGCCAGAGAAGCCACGUGGCACUCAGAAGGCCCCAAAUGGGGUGCCAGCAGUGCUCCGGGGACAUACAGUGAUCUACAUGCCCAGCCCCACCACCCGGGCACAGCCCAGAGGUGCCCCUGGUUCCCGCAUUGUGGCAAGAAAGAUGGGAGCGCCCAGCCCCGUGCAGCCGGCAGCCCCCACUAAAGCCCCCAGCCUAGGGCAGCAGCGGUCUAGGAGCCUGCACCGGCCUGGCAAGAUCUCAGAGCUGUCAACGCUCAGCCCCCCGCAGAGAAGUGCCACACCACCAGCCCGCCUUGCGAAGACCCCGUCGUCAAGUUCCUCUCAGACCUCACCGGCCUCCCAGCCUCUGCCCAGGAGGUCACCCCCUGCUGCCCAGCCUGCAGGGCCCCUGCCUGGCCCCAAGGCCUCCCCAGUGCCCAAGACUCCAGCAAGGGCCCUGCUGGCCAAGCAGCAUAAGACGCAGAAGUCACCCGUGAGGAUCCCCUUCAUGCAGAGGCCCGCCAGGCGGGGGCUGCCGCCCUUGGCUAGGGCAGCUCCGGAGCCAGGCCCCAGGGGCCGGGUGGGCACAGAAGGCGGCCCUGCAGCCCGAGGGGGCCGCCUUGGCCUGGUGCGCGUGGCCUCCGCCCGCUCCAGCGGCAGCGAAUCCUCCGACCGCUCGGGUUUCCGGCGGCAGCUGACCUUUAUCAAGGAGUCGCCGGGCCUGCUGCGCCGCCGACGCUCUGAACUGUCCGCACCCGAAGCCACCAACCCGACCACCCAGGCUGCCUCGCCCUGCCGCGGCCGGCCCACACUACCCGCUGUCUUCCUCUGCUCCUCGCGCUGUGAUGAGCUGCGGGCAGGCUCCCGGCAGGCCCCGGCCCCUCAGCGGGCCCACGCGGCCCGGCCCCGCCCCAGCGAGCGGCAGCCUCGGCGCACUAGCUCCGAGAGCCCGUCCCGCCUGCCCGUCCGCACGCCGGCCGCCGAGCCCGAAACGGUCAAGCGCUACGCCUCCCUGCCCCACAUCAGCGUGGCCCGCAGACCGGAUGCCACCAGCCCCGAACCUGCGGCGGACGCCACACGCCGCAGCAGCGCAGGGGAGGCCGGGCCGCUGCCUAGGGUGGCCGCGCCGGGCACCACGUGGCGCCGCAUCCGGGACGAGGACGUCCCGCACAUUCUGCGGAGCACGCUGCCUGCCCGCGCCCUACCGCUGCUGGGCUCCCCUCCCGAGAACGGCCCAGCCGGCCCGCCGCAGCGCAAGACCAGCGAUGCCGUGGUCCAGACUGAGGACUUCGCGGCUGCGAAGAUCAACUCCAGCACGUCCCCGAGCAUGGAAAGCAGGGCGCCCCCCCAGGCCACGGCCAGCGGCCCCACCUCCCUUCUUGGCAGCGACGUGGAUGGGCCGCCCGCUAAGGCGCCCGCCCCCACCCCCUUCGUCCCCGCCAGCCGGCACGGCUCCCCCAGCCGCUCCGCCCGCGUCCCCCCUUUCAACUACGUGCCCAGCCCCAUGGUGGCGGCCACCGCUGACUCCGCCGUGGAGAAGGCCCCCACUCCCGUCCCCACCAGCCUCCUGGAAUAGUGGCCAGGACUGGACUUCCAGAGCAUCUUCUCCUGGCCCAGGGCCGUCUGGCUGCCCCGAGGGUGGUCCCAGGACCCGCCUGCCACCCCCCCACCCAGGGCCCCGCCCUCCAAGCCUCACCCCUGCCCACACGGGCCUCGCACUCACGUGUAGACGCUUGCUCUUGAGCCGAGGAGGCUUCGGGAGGAAAGUGAGCUGCGGGCUGGAGCGCGUG